AUGACACGCCGUGCGCAGCCGCGUGGCUUUCCUCUCUCGCUACUCGUCUGCCUCUCCGUCGCUCUCGCGCUCUCUCCCGCCCUCGCCUUCGCACCCUCAGACGUAACAAAGUACCGCGGACUCUUUUGGCGCUUCCUUGACCAAUGGCCGUCGUUGACGCGUCCACGUCAGGACGCUGCUGACCUGGACUCGAGCGACGCGGCAAUCCCAUCGCUAUCGUCUGCUUCUCCGUUCGCGGCGGGCAAUGAGACCUGGGAGUCGCAAGCGGAGUCGCAGAAGCAGGCGGAGUCGCAAGGGGAGUCGCACGGGGAGUCGCAAGCGGAGGGAGCUGCCUUGAGCCGUCCCGUCGCUGCCGGAGUGAGCGCUUCAAGGAAACGGCUGGCACACGUGGCGCGCGAGGAUAUUCAGAUGGGGCGCAGGCGAAUGGCUGACGCCUGGCUGGAUGGUCCCUGCUCCGACUACUCUACAGCUGUCGUUAUCAACAUAUCCACUGUAGCUGAUUUCAGCAAGCGAUUACAGUUCAGCCCCGUUACAACUGUCAUUCUGGAGCUGCAGAAGAACCUCAUUAUAAGCAAGGGCAUCCUGUUCGACAGCCAGUUCUCGUGCACCAUUUUCCGAUCGGUGAACACCACCGCGGUUCCGUUUGGGAUCACUCAUACUGGAGCGAAUGAGCCAGUACUGCGUAUAUGGAACACGAGCAACGUCCUUGUAUUGAAGAUCGAUUUCAAGCUCAGCGUUCGCACGUCGUCGCCACCCUGCACUACAGUACCCGAAGUUACGAACAAAGCACAGUGCCCAACGAUUUCUAUCAUCAGGUCUUACGGAAUUCAAGUCGCGAAGGGGAGUGUAUUUGGAAGAAUUGAUCUCCACCGGACCAUGUCGUCGCGAAUUGACUCCAUGAGGGUAACCGGGAUACCAAUCUUCAACCAGUCGCCUGGCGUGAUUCAAGUUACCUUCAGUGGGCACGGGCCUUCACUCGGCAAAUCCUUCAUCGCUAUAACGAACAACGAAGUUUACGGCGUCCACACCCCAAUCGUUAUCCACCGCGGAACCAUCGGCGCAAUCGUGCGAAACAACUACGUGCACGAUUUUCUCUUCGCGGGAAUUCGCUGCGGAUCCGACGUGCAUUUCGCGGCGGAUUGCAUGCUCACGCAGAUCGACCGUAACCACGUCGUCGCUGCUGGGCGGAACAGAUCCGGCGACCAGGACGCCGCUGGGAUUUACUACUGUGUGCACUGGUUCAGCCCAGACAACACAGCAGAGUGCAAUUACAUCUUCAACGGAGACCACUGCUACUACCUCGAUUUUGUCACGUCCGGUGUGACUAUCAAGGGGGGUGCAUGCAUCGGCACAUACGAUGGGAUCAAGGUCAACAACGGAAAGUGGAAUUCAAUUGAGAGCGUGAUUAUUAAGAAGGUUCCGGGCUCGCCAGGGUGGAGCACGUGUUUCACUCCGACUGUGCUCAACUGUGACAAGAACCCCGGCACCUAUUGGGAGCUCAUGCGCAAACAGUACUAUGACACGCCAGUAUUCCAAGCG